GUGAACGCCCCUGCCCGACGCCAGGACGAGCUGCCGGGGCCGAUGCACCAGGCCGAGCCCCGCGGUGGCGUGAACGUGGGGCCGAGCGGCGCGCCGGGGUCGGCCGGCUCCAAGGAGCCCGUCAACUCGGUCGUGUUCUCGCUCAAGAACCAGGUCGGCGGGCUGGCGAGGGCGCUCCAGGUCUUCCAGGACCUCGGCGUCAACGUGGUGCACAUCGAGUCGCGGCAGAGCGCCAACCGGCCCUCCGAGGCCGAGAUCAUGGUGGACGUGGAGUGCGACAACAAGCGCAUGGAGCAGCUGGUGCACAUGCUGCGCCGCGAGGUGUCCGCCAUCAACCUGACCGCCAGCGAGGAGUCGCCCUCGCCGCACCCGGGGCUGGGCAUGCUCUCCGCCGCGCCGAGCUUCGACUUUGGUGACAUGCCCUGGUUCCCGCGCAAGAUCUCGGACCUGGACAACGCGCAGCGCGUGCUCAUGUACGGGGUGGAGCUGGACGCCGACCACCCGGGCUUCAAGGACCCGGAGUACCGCAAGCGAAGGGAGAAGUUCUACGAGAUCGCCAUGGAGUACAAGCAGUGCGUAUGCCCCAGGUCAUCUUUGCCCCUCUCAUUUUAACCGCCGCCCAACGCC